AUGGUCGCAGGCACGCAACCGACCCAGUCGCGCUUCGACGCGCAACGCGGCACAUGCCUCACGCCGGCGUGGGUCACAGCGACUGCUGCCAAGCACAACCUCGACCCGUCAGCGCGCGACGCGCAGAACCGCCGCAAGAACCCAUUGCUGCAGCCAGGCAUGAAAAUACCCCGCUUCACGCUCAAAGACGCCCGCAUGGACAUCGCCAACAUCUUUGGGUCGUGUAUGUUACCCGGCGAGAUCAUCCGCGGUCUCGGCGAGACGGUGCACCCAAAUGGGUCGCAAGCCUUUCCUGGUGUCGUCAACGGAACCGUGGUCAUUGAGCGCAAUGACUGGCAGUCCCACGACCUCUCGCGCGUCGUCUUGAUCAUCUUGCUGCAGGAAGUGGUCGGGUACGGUGUCUCGCUGUUUGAGACGGGGGGUGGUCUCCACUGCGCCCAGCGCAUGUCGGGCCAAGGUCUUGGCCGCUGCACGCCGACGCACAUCAACCCCGAGGUCUGGACAAGCGGCAAGCUCAGUACGCUCAACGUGUACGCCAACGAGACGGCGCCGACGACCAACGGCUACAACGGCGUAGGCGGUCUGUACACACUCACCGACAACGUCAAAGAAGCGCUCAAGGGGCCUUUAUCGACCAAAGGCAACUUUUCCAAGCCGUACUCGAUCGACUUUUGGCGCGACUAUAAUACGAGCGAACAAGUCAUCAACUACUUUGGCUAUGCCAACGCUGUCAACCGAAGCCAAAUCUCCAAGACAAGCGCGUGCGCAAACGACUUUUUUGGCUGCAUGAACGGCUGCUCCAAGUCCUACGCGUGCACGCUGGCCGAGCGGGACGGCAAACCGUGUAUGCUGGUUGCGAUGAUGGUCGCGACGUAUGACCCGGGGUACUUUCAAGCGCUCAUGGCCAACAACCACAUUCCCGCGUACUUUUGCUUUGGCGGCUACACGGGCAUGCUCGACUACGUCAUCAACGUCAUGAACAGCGGCGGGUCCGUGGUCUUUUACGAGUUUGAGCCCGAUAUUCUCUUCUACCAAUACCCGGGCAAGUUUACGCGUAUCGCGUUUCCCCGCUCGGAUCCCGCCAACGUGGCGCUUGCGACGGGCUCGUUUGGUGAGAAAGGCUACGGCAACGAGACCACCAACCCGCUCAGCACCGACUACCCGACGAUCCCGCUCAUGCGCUACAUGUCCAAAGUCGUCACGACUGACACGUUUCUCAACUCGUUCCUCACACGCAUGCAGCUCGCCCCGCUCGACAUCAACAACAUCUUUGCCGACUACGUGACAUUCUCGUCCAACGCCACGAUCGCCGACCCGGUUUUCGACGCUGCUUGCAAGUGGGUCCAGAACAGCUACCUCACGUGGAGCAACUGGGUCGACGCGCUGCCUCUCUGCACGAUGCAGUCCAACAUUCAGUACACCUUUAACGGCUGCAACGCGUCGACGCGGGUCGUGACGUUUGCGUGGAACACGCCCCACCCCUCAAACGCGUCACUGCCGUACGACUGCGAGGGCGGUAUCGUGGUCGUGCCCCCGUCGUACGCCACGAGUAAGUCGUGCGACUGGCUCAGCGCCAACACCAAGACGUGGAUGAACUGGAUGAGCAGUCCACCGAUCUGCGACGCGUCGUUUUACAACUACACG